AGGACUCAAGAAAUUCUGGGGAAGUGGGGCUUUUUAUAAUGCAUCUUGCAUUUUUGAAUUCUCAGCCUAGGGACACGAAGUCUUCGACCUGUGGCUCCCGGCCGCCGCCUGUGGAGGGCACUGUCGCCACCAGAGGCGUGUUUACGAAUUCGCUUUCUCGUGCCGGCCCUCCCCCGCGGUGACGUCAUCCGUGCCGGCGACGGCGCGUGCGCGGUGGCCGGGCGCCCGGGCGCCCUGAGGGGGGCGGGCUAAGCGCGGCUCUUCCGGUCUGCGCGUUGUGGCACUCGGGGCGCCAGACUGGCAGCUCGGGCGCUCUUGGCCUCGGGUGGGCGGCAUCUCGGGGCCCACAUGAGCCAUUGGCAUCAUUCCCGCGGCGGCUGGGGUCAGGGGCGCGGCUUUUCGGGACGGUCCCCGGCUAAAAAGAAGGGCGGAAACCACGUCCCCGAGAGGUGGAAGGACUAUCUCCCAGUUGGACAGCGGAUGCCUGGUACUCGUUUCAUUGCCUUCAAAGUUCCUUUGAAAAAGAGCUUUCAAGAGAAACUUGCUCCAGAAGAACGUUUUUCUCCCUUGGAUCUUUUUAACAAAAUCCAAGAACAGAAUGAAGAACUUGGACUGAUUAUUGAUUUAACAUAUACUCAGCGUUAUUAUAAACCAGAGGAUUUGCCAGAAACUAUUCCUUACUUGAAAAUUUUUACAAUGGGACAUCAGGUGCCUGAUGAUAAAACUAUUUCAGAAUUCAAACGUGCUGUUAAUGGGUUUUUGAAAGAAAAUAAAGACAACGACAAACUUAUUGGUGUUCACUGUACCCAUGGUCUAAACAGAACUGGCUACCUCAUCUGCAGAUAUUUGAUUGAUGUCGAAGGCAUGAGGCCAGAUGAUGCAAUUGAAUUAUUCAAUAGGUGCCGGGGACAUUGCUUAGAAAGACAAAACUACAUUGAAGACCUUCAGAAUGGUCCUAUCAGAAAGAAUUGGGAUUCCAGUGUAUCCAGAUCAAGAGGUUAUGAAAACUCAGCACAUAUGGCAGAACCAGUACAUACCACGCAUAAGCCUCCUAAACAAAGACCCAUGUAUAACCCACAUCAGGCUUAUGGUUACUCAGUACCUACUCCGUAUUUCCACAGCCACACCCAAGAUUUCCAGGAGUCAGCAAGAAAAUUUCCACAGAAUCAGAAUGUUUACCAAAGAGGCUAUCUUCCUCCUCCUGGGCCCCCUGGAGAAGACUAUUCACGAAGGAGAUACUCGUGGAAUAUAAAGUCUCAUGCCAGUCAAGCAAACCAGAAUACAAGGUGGCACCGUAAAGAUUACUAUGGACUGUCCUACCCAAACUACUGUGAAUGGACUGAGUGACA